AUGUCCGACUCGAGCGACGAUGACGUUCCUUUGAAGCAGAGAGUGGCGAAGAAGAAAGCAGCGCCGAAGAAGAAGCCUGUAGUGAAGGAGAAGGCCCCGCAAGCUGCCAAGAAAAAGGAGCCAACGAAACCCAAGGCAUCGCCAAAGGCAAAGGCGGCCCCUCGAGCGCCUCGCAAGAAAGCGCAGGGCGAGGGAACAGCGGAGGAGGAGGAGAAUCUGCUGCCUAACGACGCGCGAAAGUACUUCAAACAGGGACAGAAAUUCAUUACUCCCCCAAACGGAGACGGGACGAGGGGGUUCUACGAGAGUCUGUAUGAGGAGAACAAAAAUAGCCUUGUAGCCCUACGGUACUUGAUCGAAUGGGGUGUAUUGACAGGGACACUGUUGCAUGAAUCGCUGCCUCGGUAUUUCGCCUUGAAAGAAAAAGGAGCAUUUAAAGGCGCAGGCGGAGGACUGCAGAAAGCAUUCAUGAAUGGCGUCGAUCAAGCGGACAUCAACGCAGCCGCAAAAAUGUUGAAUGUGAGGCUACCAGUGGGAAUUUGCAGUAGAAGAGGGUUUGCUGCUGCGGUGCUGGCGAGCGUCAUAGGAAGAAGAGAGGAAGAGGAUAUCGACAAUCCCGCCAGUGCCUGA